AUGGCUUCAUCCAGCAGUUCUAUAAACAAUGGUGCAAAUAUUGUUGACACAUUAAUCGGUUCUAACGAUGAUGACGGACAUGAACGCAUCGAUGAGUCAACUGAUGCUAACAAUUCAAGUUAUGGCAGUCAUAAUGUCCGUCCAUUACGUCUGUAUGACGUUGAUCAAUUAGGAGAUAUAACCAGCCAUGUAUACAUAACAACUGAUGGAACAAAGUUCUGGAAACCUUUGGUGUCUCCUGAAUAUACACCUACUAUCGGAAUGGUUUUUGACACAUGGAGCGACGUUGAGAAUAUGUACAAGUCUUAUGCUGAGAGGUCUGGGUUUUCUGUACGUUUGGGUGCCUUGAAGAAAAAGGGAACGGUUGUUACACAUAGGUAUAUGCAAUGUACCAGAUCCAGUAAACCUAAGCAAACACAACUUGAAUCGAUGGACCCUAGUGCUUUUAAAGUAUCUCGAAGUAGCAGCUACAAAGUUACUGACUGCAGGGCGCGGCUAAAGCUUAAAGCUAUCUCAGGCACUACAAAAUUCUUCAUUUACGGUUUUAUUGAAGCUCAUAAUCAUGGAUUGGUCGACAAGGACAAUCUGGACUUUACCAGAAAAAGGAGGAAACUUAGUUAUGACGACCAGAGGUUCAUUCACAAACUAAGCUUGAACAAAAUUGGCCCUAAUGUCGCGCAUAAGAUUCGAGCUUCGUUAAAGGGUGGGCACCAUAAUGUACAAGGAACUGUAGUAGAAUUCAAAAAUUUCACUAGAGAUCUACGGUCUUUUAUCGGCAAGAAGGAUGCACAAAUGGUUGUUGAUACGUUAAAAUCUCGUAUGAUAAACCUGCCAAAUUUCUUUUUUGAAUGUGUGGUGGUUGACGGUGAGUUAAGAUCAUUGUUCUGGGCUGAUGACGUAUCCAAAUGCAAUUACGAAGCCUUCGGAGAUGUGUUAGGUUUUGAUGCAACAUAUCAUACGAAUCAGUAUAACAUGAUAUUUGUUCCGUUUACCGGUGUCGAUCACCAUAAAAAGUGUGUCACAUUUGGUGCUGGGCUAUUAUACGAUGAAACAAUUGGUUCUUACACGUGGUUGCUUACCACAUUCCUUAAAGCUCAUAACAAUAAGCAACCAACGUUGGUGUUGACCGAUCAGGAUGCUGCGAUGAAGCAAGCAGUUUCUGGUGUAUUCAAUAAAGCUAUUCACCGGCUGUGUAUGUGGCAUAUUGUAAGGAAAAUUCCUGCAAAGAUUGCAGGUGAUGUAUUGGAAAAUAUAGACUUGAGAGCUGCUAUACAUAAGCUGGUUUGGAAUUUGUUUAUCACACCUGAAGAAUUUGAAUAA